AUGCGAAAUAACCUCACUAUGAAUCAAUCUUCAAAUACAACUACCACCGUUACUGAAACUAAUACUGAAGUUAGACCUAUACUAAAACUUCGUAACCAUAAGAAACCCAAUAAAGUGAAAUGGACAGAAGAAACUGUUGAUAAUGAAAAUAUGGGGAAAAAGAAGACUAAGAUCUGUUGUAUCUAUCAUCCUGCUGAUGGUGCUGAAUCAUGUAGUAGUAGUGAGAGUGAAAGUGAUGCCAGUGAUUUUGAAGGAGAUGGAGAUGCUGGCCCUAAUGCUUAUGAAAAACAACCCCAAUAUAAGAAAUAG